AUGAAUAAUGAAUUCUGUUUUGAUCAAAAUUAUAACUAGGAUUUUGAAUUAGCACGUUAUAAAAAAUAAAUAGAUCUGGAUUAUAGCAAGAUUUCAUAUAAAUUUGGAACAACUAGCAGAUUAUCUCCUGAUAAAUUAGAAAAUUAUAAUUAAUAUCAUCUUUAUAACAAAUUGUUUAAGAAUGAAAAAUAAAGAAAAAGUAUUUAAGUUAAAGCAUAGACUAUAAAUCCGAUAACAGUCAAACAUUUUUUAAACAAUAAAGGAAGAUUUAUCAAUCAUACAAAGAAUAAAGUUUACGAUAUUAUCAAAGGAAAACAUUACAUAAUGUAACUGGGGCAAAUGCCACUUUCCACUAGAUCAAAAACCCCUACCUAAAAGACUUCAAGUUUCUAAUAUACUUAAACUUCAUUUUAUUAAGGAUAAAGAACAUAAAGAAUAAGAUCUGCUACUCCUUCUUAGUCAAGAUAAAAAACUUGUGAUGAUAUUUUUAAGGCUUGUUAAGUUUAACUGAAAGAAUAAAUGGAAUUAAAAGAGACAUUUAAAACUAUGAGAACUUGGAGUGCAAAUUAAUAUGA